UUUUUCUUCUUCUUCUUCUUCUUCUUCUUCUUCUUCUUCUUCACUCACCCUCUCCCCUCUCUCCUCUUCCCUCUCCUCUCACCUCACCCCACUCUUUCAACAUGGCUUACGAACUGCCUCCGAUCGGACACGCCCUCAGCGGCGGCGUUGCUGCCGCGCUCGCCAAUGUCGUCAUCUACCCUCUCGACAUGGCCACCACCCGCGUCCAGUCCCAAUCCACCAAGGACCCGGCCUCUAUCCCCCACUCUCACUCCUCGUCCGGCCGCAAGGAGCAACUCCCCAUCGAAUUCAAACGCCCUGAACUCCCCUCUUCCACCUCUUCGUCUUCGUCCUCAAAGACCUCUGCCCUAUCUGUCUCCCCAGAUGGCCGCAAAAAGACCACGACGACGACGAUCACCACGACCACCCGCACCGUCUCCUCCCUUUCUUCAUCUACCUCAACAUCCUCGUCGACGACCUCAAAGAAAACCCAUUACACAUCCGUGCCGGACGCGCUUCGGCAGACCUACCGAUCCGAGGGCUUCUCAGCCCUCUACGCCGGUCUCGGCUCCGACACCCUCGCGACCUUGACCUCGAACUUUGUCUACUUUUACGUCUACAUGGCCCUCCGCCAACACAAGGAACACCGUCGUCGGUCCGGUCAACUCUCAACGAUUCAGGAACUCUUCCUGGGCGCCGAAGCCGGGGUUAUUUCCAGGUUCUUCACGGCCCCGAUUCAUGUCGUCACCACCCGACAGCAGGUCAUCGGGAAGGAGCUCUCGACAGAGAGUGGGAAGCCGAUCAAGGUCUCUGCUCGCGCGAUUAUCAGGGAUAUCUAUGCGCAGGAUGGGAUCCUCGGGUUCUGGGCCGGAUAUGCGCCGACGGUCAUUCUGUCGAUUAACCCCUCGAUCACCUAUUUUUUGUUCGAGACCCUCAAGAAGUUUAUCCUGGCCCGUCAAGCCCGCGCCGCCGCCGCCGUCUCUGCGGUCCCCAACGGCUCGAAAUCUGCUCUUGUGGCGGCUGCAUCGUUGAGUUCACUCCAGAUCUUUUUCAUCUCCGCAUGCUCAAAAGCCAUCGCCUCCUUUUUGACCUACCCGCUCAUCCUCACAAAGACAAAGCUUCAGACCAAAUCCGAAGAUGCCAACGAUGGCGACAACAACAACAACAACAACAACAACGCGGACGAGGAAUCUCUUAUCGGAACCGACUCUGCUUCUGUAGCAGCUUCAGGAACAGCAUCGUCAUCACAGGGGAAGACAAAGGGAUUCGACGGCAUCUCAGAUGUGAUCAGGACCGUGGUGAAGGACAAGGGCAUCAAGGGUCUCUACACCGGAUGCCAGGGCCAAGUCGUCAAGGGCUUCUUUUCCUUCGGUCUCAUGUACAUGAUCAAGGACCGUGUCGUCGCCUGGAUGCUCACACUCUUCCUCGCCCUCCACAACAUGCGCAACCGUGUCACUUCGGCGUAAAGUCUUUUUUCUUUUCUUUUUUUUUUCGACAAAAGACUUUGUACCCCCAACACCCUCCCAGCCGCUUUACGCCAACCCAAACCAUGCAACAUAGACUAUAAUAAAGAGACAAAUUACA